AUGACAAAUAACGCCAACACGUGCCUGCAUUUUUUCCAUCUUUUUAAAGAUGCGCCAGCAGAAAAAAUAACGAUAUGUCGUUGUGAGGUCCAGAUUAAAUCAACGAUCUUGCUAUCAUCUACUCACAACCGUCCCUUGUAUAUCAUAUAUCAAGUUUUGUAUCAUACACAUGUGCCAAGUAUUUUUUUAAAUGGCAAAGUUUUAACUUGGGACAACGAUGAAAUGAAGCAAGAUAGGUCUAGCCACCGUAUGAUUAAAAGUCUCGUCAAUAAGGAAAUUAGAGGCGUCAUUUUUGUAGCAUUCUUGGUAUCAAAUACUUUCUACAAAGAAUUUAUAGAAAUUAUAAAGAACUUCUUGAAAGGAUUCUAUAAUUGA